AUGGAAAUCACUUUCUGUCAAAACCAGGCCGAGGAACAGUUACAUGCGCGCGCGUACAGGAAGGUGACCCAUUGUGUCCUUCUGGGAGUAGGCCACGACCCGAAAAGUAGACUGGAUGGUCGAAACUACCAGUCAAAUGUGGGCGCUGCAAUUGAGUCUGGUCGUUUUGAUAGCAGUUGGGAUCUUAAAGACGCCGCAGACCCGCGAUUUCAACGGGUCGAUCGUGUGCAGCAGUACUCCGAGAAGCGCACCCGCAUCACGGCCACUCCAGAUGCCUACUGUCGAACGGAAAACGAUCGGCAAUUUAGAUGCCCUGCCAAUGCCUCGCCCACCCAGUUGCCUACACUGAAGUCGGGCACUGCACCCUUUUCCAAGUCCUCCACCUGCAACUCCUUCUCUGAAGUCGACGACUUCUCUGAUCUGGACGCCAACUCUCAGCGGCACGAUCGCACCGGAAUCGCAAAGUCCUCUCGGACGCAUAGGACUUCCGUUAUGGAAAGGGUCCAAGACUUGGUCACUGGGGACCUCAUUCGUGAGGGCAAAAUGAGAUAA